CGAGAUCUCGACAACGCACCCUCGCGCCAAUAAAUAAUAUAUCUGCCUGUGUUGCUGUUUUCUUCUGCCUUCCAUCCUGACUAUAACACCUGCUGUCAGCCACUGCAAUUGUUGUCGACGCAGAGAAAACAAUUAGCAGCCUCGGUUCUGCUGUUUAGUAUCAGAAUUGAAACCCAUUUAUCUAGCUAUUACCGAAAUACCUUUCCUGGAACACUUCGUUCUCACCUUCCCCUUCACCUAUACCCCGCGCGCCCCCUUCGCAUCCUCCAUUGCGGGGUCAUUCUCGCCUGUGUGGCCUUUUUUUUUUUAAAAAAAAACUAUUAUUAUAUUUAUUUUCACUCGAAAAUUGUGAGACACUAGGACUACCUUUCCUAGUCCCUCACAGACACCAUGAGUUGUGAGUUGAGGAAUUUCCCUUUUUCUUUGUUGGACGACCAUUCUCGAUCGAGAGUAAUUGGCUAUCUACCUAUUACUGCGUGCUGGAGCGAUAGCUCUUUCCAGACCCUGAAUUCGCAAUGGUCCUGGUCACUGUCCUUUGCGUCCUUCUGAGCCAAGCCGCAAGCGUCUGGUUUUACGGUCUGAGGAAUUCUUGUAUUGACUGCAUUGAUCCCCCGCUGACUGCUUGUUUUCUCUUCCUCUAGUCGCAACUAUGAUAAAUAAGCUGUCUGGACAGCCGCCAAGCUACGAAAAGAAGUACGGAUUCGCUGUUCCUUCCAUUCCCCUCUGCUGUUCAUCUCCGCGUGAGACGGUUACAUAGCCUUUGCUCAUCGUGUAUAGAGCAUUGUACAAGUUCGGAAAGACUCUGGGUGCCGGCACGUAUGGUAUUGUCCGCGAAGCAGACAGCGCUUCCGGAAAGGUUGCCGUCAAGAUUAUCUUGAAGAAAAACGUCAGAGGCAACGAGCAGAUGGUCUACGAUGAACUCGAGUUACUGCAGGCCCUCAAUCACCCACACAUCGUUCACUUUGUUGAUUGGUUCGAGUCCAAGGAUAAAUUCUACAUUGUCACCCAGCUAGCAACCGGCGGCGAGUUGUUCGACAGAAUCUGUGAAUAUGGCAAGUUCACAGAGAAGGAUGCGUCUCAGACCAUCCGUCAGGUGCUCGAUGCUGUCAAUUAUCUGCACGAGCGAAAUAUUGUGCACCGAGACCUCAAACCUGAAAACCUUCUCUAUCUCACCCCAUCCUUCGAUUCUCCCCUCGUAUUGGCGGAUUUCGGUAUUGCCAAGAUGUUGGAGAGCCCCUCUGAAGUCCUCACCAGCAUGGCUGGAUCGUUUGGCUACGCAGCACCAGAAGUGAUGCUCAGACAAGGCCACGGCAAGGCUGUCGACCUAUGGUCCCUGGGUGUUAUCACGUACACCUUGUUAUGUGGAUAUUCACCAUUCCGUUCAGAAUCCGUGUCAGAUUUGAUGGAAGAGUGCCGAAGCGGACGCAUUAUUUUCCAUGAACGCUACUGGAAGGGAGUCUCUAAGGAUGCCAAGGACUUCAUCCUUGAACUCCUUCAGCCGGACCCGGCAAAACGCCCCACUUCCGAAGUUGCCCUGAAGCAUCCUUGGCUGAAGGGUGAGUCUGCUAGCGACCGUGACUUGCUGCCUGAGAUCAGAGCCUACACUGCCAGGGCCCGUCUCAGGCGCGGUAUUGAGAUUGUGAAGCUUGCGAAUCGCAUUGAGGCGCUCAAAAUGCAAGAGGACGAUGAUGAUAUUCCUAGCACGGAAGAGCUGGGAACUGGGUCAGAGAAGGCCGAUACCACAAUAGCUGAAUCCAAGGCGACGGAGGAUGCGCCGGAAGCGACCAAGAGGCCAAGUUUGAGCAAAGUUGCUCGUGGGGAUAUCUUCCGGGAGGUUGUUCUGGCCAAAGUGAGAGAGAUGAAAGACAACGAGGAACGGGAGAAAUUCGAGCGGGAAGCUCGAGAAAGGGCUGAGAAGGCCACUUCUACUCCUUCGUGAUCAUCGUCUUCGGCUCUCCGGGGUUUAGUUUUACAAUCUUCUGUUUAUACCUGUUUCUCUCCCGUUCCUUUCUCUUUUCCAUGCUCUAUUCAUAUUUCUGCUUCCGCGUUUUGCUGGGCUACAGCCCAUGGCCUAUUUAAUUCCCCUGGGCAAUCGAAAUCAGAUUUAGCUGGAUAUUUAGCUGGAGAUUUGGUUUGACUGCUGCUUUCUUCGCUUUGUUCACGUCGAUUUCUAUUUGCUUCCGAUUAGCACCCCUUUUGACUGUACGUACAUCCUUGUCACUCUCUGCGAUUGUACCUAGUGGUCACCAGUACAAAAAGAGAUCAUGAGAGCGACUGCAGCUG